CUCUGUUUCCUUCGGACAAUUUUCAGCAGGACCGGAUGUAGUUGCUGUUGGGGAAAAUGGCAGCAACCUUGUACGAGAUUAAUUAAAUGAAUCAAUUGGAAUAUUGUAUGUUUGAUAAAAGAAAUGAAGAUAAACUAGUUUAUUUUUUAAAACAACACCCGUUUCAAACUGUUCUAUAUUAUUAUGUUUUCGUUACUGAAAGCGUCUUUUUGUGGAGUCGCCAGUCGGACGAUUGGGAGUGCAGGUCUUUUCCAAGAUCACUUGAAGGUGUUGUCUGCCGGUCUGAAGACAUACCGCCUGCCACCUGACUACAGUGAUGUGAUGCUACCUGAACGACAAAAGCUGAAGUUCAUGAACAAGGUUCCCGACCUAAAGAAGGUCAGGAAGGAGAUGAAAAACCUUCGCGAUAUCCAGGGCCCAGCGCGGAACGGCACCGCUUUUACAACGGGCCAGUAUGCCAUCGUGGCCUUGGGUGGAGGUUACCUCCAUUGGGGUCACUUAGAGAUGAUGAGACUGACAAUCAAUCGACGAAUGGACCCCAGCACUACCUUUGCACACUGGUGUAUCAGUGCCCCCUACAAGCCAAUCACACGUAGGGGGCUCGGCAAACGCAUGGGAGGCGGCAAAGGAGCCAUCGACCAGUAUGUGACCCCCGUGCGCUACGGGCGACUGAUUUUAGAGGUUGGCGGCCGCUGUGAACUGGGUGAAGUGGAGUCUUUUAUGUCUGAAGUGGCCAAAAAACUCCCCUUUCCUGCCAAGGUGGUAAGCAGGGAAAGUCUAGCAGCCAUGCAGCAAGAGGAGGCAGAGAGAGAGAAAAACAACCAGAAUCCCUGGACCUUCAAGAGGGUGGUAACCUCAAACAUGCUCGGCAUUCGCAAAGUGCUGUCUGCUUUCGACCUGCACAACCAUGGCCGCUUUUCCGGCAAGUUCCACAACCCAGGCAGAGUGUGAGCAGGAAUGUCCGGAGGGUGCUCCGGCAGCUCUCCACUGCUCUGUGACUUCUGGGGAGCGGUCAGUUACUCCUGGUAGCCCACAGAGGCACAUGUCUCAUUCAUGGAAUAUUGUGCAGAUUUCAUCUCUCCGUUUUGUGAGGUCACUUACGGCACCAGUGCAUUGGCUGCCAGGUGGAACCAUGUUUUACAGGCAGCAGUAUCACUGGACAACGGUCAGUGGAGACCAUACAAGUGCGACAGCAGCCAAUGGGUACUGCCGUUGGUGCUAUCCAUGUCUGGAAAUAUAAUUUUGCAUUUACAAAUCAAUAAACAUAUUUUAACCCAGUA